GCCUCACAAUCCUCCAAAUUCCAAUCCCACCUCUCCUUUUUUUCCUUUUUCUUUUUCUUUUUCUUUCUCUCCGAAAUUUUCCCAUUUCAUUUUCCCUCAAAUUCCCACUUCCCAAUCAAAACCAAAACCACAAAUCCCUAAAACAAAAGCCCACGUCCAUUUGGACCCCCCGCUUCACUGUUCAAUCCAUCUAAUCCCCAUGGCGGAGGGGGCUCAGUAACCGCCUCUAGGGUUCCGCUUCAUGACGACGAAACUGAUUCCACCGAUGGAUUUGCAGUUGCAGGCCGCCGCCGCCGGUCCUCCUCAAUACUCCGUUUCAUUGGAGCCCGAGAAAGCCGGAAUCGAGCAGGAACUGCAGUGUCUGGUUUCGAGUAAGGGCGGAGGUGAGGCGGCGAGCAAACUCUCGGAAUCGGAAGUGCAGGAGGGGGAGGGAACGGCGGCGGUGGCGGCGGAGGAGGAGGGCGGACGGGAGAGGCUGAAGAGGCACCGGCGGGAGAUGGCGGGCCGGGUAUGGAUACCGGAGAUAUGGGGGCAGGAGGAGCUUCUGAAGGAUUGGAUCGAUUGCUCCGCCUUCGACGCCUGCUUGUUUCCGACCGGAAUUGGAUCGGCCAGGGCGGCGCUGAUUGAAGAAGGAAGGAGAGCCAACAAUGGCGGAUUCCGACUGGAGAACAGGUGCUGAAUUUUCAGUGAUUUUUUUGUUUGGGGGAAAUUUAAUUGCAGUAAUUAAAAAAAAAUAAAAGAAAAGAAAGAAGAAGAACUAACAAAUCCAUUUCCCAAGGUUUGAAUCUGAGUUUCCAAAAUCUGAGGAGGGAGAGGAUUUUGAAUGUAAACAAAACAAUCAAACAAAAUGGUGCUUUUGCGUUUCGUCUAUGGCUUCUCUCAUAUUGGCCAUUUGUUUUUCCAUUAUUGUUAAUUUGUACAAUUUCUCUUUGCUACUUUCGAUACCAUUAUUGUUAAUUAUUAUUUUAAUUAAUCUUAAUCCAUUUUUAUC